UCCUCUCCUCGGCAGGGACACGGUGAUGCUGCCCACCGGAGAACCCUCACAGCCGGGCGCAGCUCCUGUAGCGCCCGCUCUGUGGCUGACACCGAGUUGGAGAAGCCUGGAAGAACUCCGUUCUGCCACAGCAGGUUCCUAAAGGUGCGCGACGAAAAUGUACGUGGAAGCCAGCGGGGCCAGACUUCGGGAAGUGCUGUGCAGGCAGCGAGCUGGCGUGUCGCAAAGAGCACGGCGGGCGGUGCUUCCCACACGCGGCUGAGCUCGGCUCUGAGGAAAGCCGCGCAGCUGGAGAGCAGAAUCGUGAGCCGGAGGAAGCAGGCGGAACUGCAGAGCACUGACUUGGGCCAGACACCUUCGGAUGAAGAGUCCGUCUCAGCUGCCUCCAGUCAUGAACACAGUGCAAGGGGCAAGAAGUAUCUGAAGAAUUAUGUUACUGCCGGUGGAAAUACGACCCUCGGUAACGCCCGUUCUAAGGAAGAGGAAAGCAUCCGAAGCCCUAAAAAGAAUGUUAUGGUCAAACAACAGCUGGGUUUGGAUAGCGAUGAAGAGGAAAUGAGAGAGUUGAUGGAGAGCUCUUUGGAGAUUCCCAGUGGAAAUGAGAAUAGGAGAGUUGUCAUAGCGGAUGAUUCUAAAUGGAAUGGAAAGAGUAAGACUCCAGUUUCAUCAGGAAUGCCUCCUCCAUCUCAUGAGGAAAUUUCACCAACAGAGGUAUCUAAAGCAUCUUUUUUUCAUAGCAAAGACUCAGAGAAAAAUAUUUCUGGUAGAGUUAAUUCACCAGCACUUUCACCAGCCAGCAGAAACCUGUCAGUACUACAUAAUGUGAGAUCUCAGUUGCCGUCUUCGUCCGUGAAAGACAAUACUGUAAAGAUUACUCUGCCUGGAACAGGCAACACCAAGCAAAGCCAAAUAUCACUCGAAAGUGACAGAAGUGAAAUAAAAUCAUUAGAUGAAUUAUUUUCAAAAGCAGCUGGUGCAGAAGAUUCAAUGAGCAGCGGCUCAAAUGACUUCAGACUGAAUAUCCUGAGCCUUGAUGAUUUGGCAUCAAAUAGUACCAGUGAGGCAGCAGAGUUAAAGCAGAAAGGGACAGAACUUCAAAUUACUCAAGAAUCAAACAGAAAUCCAAAAAAAGACACAUUCCUGGUGGAAAAAGACCAAACUUCUCUUAAAAUGGCAAGUGCAGUAACUGGUGUGAAUGAUGCUUCCCAAGGGGAUAUUGAUAAAACUGAUGCUGAAAUCUCUGAGCAUUUAAGUGGAGUUUCUGCAGAUCUUCCUAGACACAAACAGGAUUAUCUUGAUCAUGAGGAGAGAACCGUUAAUUCAGAAUAUUCUGAAGACUUUGAAAGGUCUCCGUCUACAACAGACAGGGAAUCUGUAUCAGAAAUGUCAGAGGAACGUUCUGAGAGCUGCAAGUAUUCUGGAAAACACCCAUCCUCAGCAUCGUCACCUUUACUUACGCGAGAGCAGCAUGAGCAGGUACACAGAGUAACUGUCAAAGAAACUGCAGUUCAGACAGUGGAUCCUCUGUUCACCUACAGCUGGUCAAAGACAAACACCUCUGCAGUACUUGACGCACCUCUAGGACACAGUUAUGUUGACCCAGUACCCGUUGCCAGUCACACCAUCAGCAUGGACGCAGUAGAAGCCUUGACAGCGUACAGCCCGUCCGUUCUUGUUCUAAAUGCCAUGUUGAAACAGCACUUGCUCUUGACUCAGCAGUUUGUAGAGAACAUUCACAACCUUCACUCAUCCCUCGUGGAGUCAUUAGAGAGCGAGAAGUUCCACUACCAUACCCUGGAGGAGGCUAAAGAGUACAUCAGGAAACACAAAUCCCCACCUCUAACAAUUGAGCAAGCACGUGAAGAAAUUUGGAAAGCACAGAAGGAAAAUCUGCUUUGACUCUUUGAAUUUCAAGUAAAAUUUACAUAUACAGAUCUCAAGGUGGAACAGGAAACCCUGCCAAAUUGAAAAAUUGCACAGAUAACUUUUAAACUGGACAUAGUUUUCCUAUUUCUGAAUUUUAUACUAAUGUACAUGAUUGAGGGAUCAGCAGGAACCUUCAGCCAGACUGUUCAGCCAAAAAAGAAACCAAGAAAACACUUCUUGUGUCUAUCACAGAGAUUGACUGAUCUGUCAUCAGGGUAGAAGUGAAAGUCUGUGCUACAGUGCCCGAGGAAUGAUCACAGGAGAAAAAACACCAGAUCCUGACUUUAGUGCCAUAUUCCAACAGUGUUUAUAUAGAAUUUUGUUUGUGUAGGUGGAUAAAUUCGACACAGGGAAGCUUUACAAGCCAAAUCCUCUGAAAUACGAGCCACCAUUUUACUUUUAUUAAAAAAAAAAGUGUUUAUUGGAAGGCAGAACAAUAAAAUUCACAAAUUGAUAACAUACAGGUGUUGUAUGCUGAUUCACAGACAGUUACAGUUCCACAACUACAGUAGAUCUAGAACAAACUGAUAUUUCAUCAUCGUAACUGAAUGGUUUUAAGAGGGUUUCUGCUAUACAAACAAAGGGCUCUGGAAGAGGUUACCACCACGCAGACCUCUGGAGUGGAAGUGCAGUGUAAGGGCCUAACAUCUUUAGCUGGUGGUCUCUGGAAACAGUUAAAAAAGGUUGUUUUUUGUUGUGGUUUUUUUUUU